GACCUGCUGCUGCCACAAACACACGUUACUUUUAUUACCAGAGAAGAAAAGUCACUUCACCUAGGUUAGAUUUAAAUCUACAAACCUACAAGCUCACCUGAGCGUCACAACUACAGUUUCAUUAAGGUGUUCACGAUGACGAGCCAGAGUGGGAUUUUAAUAAAAGGAGGAAAGGUUGUGAAUGAGGAUCGAUCAGAGUUUGCAGAUGUGUACAUUGAGAAUGGGAUUAUUCAGGCCGUGGGACCCGAGCUGCAGGUGGAUAGAAAGGGGACGCGAGUGCUGGACGCCCGGGGGAAACUGUUACUACCUGGAGGAAUCGAUACACAUACACAUAUGGAGCUGCAGUUUAUGGGCACCGUUGCUGUGGAUGAUUUCCGUACAGGUACUGAGGCGGCAGUAGCUGGAGGAACCACCAUGAUUUUGGAUUUUGUCAUCCCGCAGAAGGGCGCUUCUCUUUUGGAGGCGUAUGACAGAUGGAGAAGCGUUGCUGACCCAAAAGUUUGCUGUGAUUAUUCCCUGCAUGUAGCCGUUACCUGGUGGGAUGACAGUGUGAAGCGGGAGAUGGAGACUCUCGUUCGUGAGAAGGGAGUGAACUCUUUCAAGAUGUUUAUGGCAUAUAAAGAUGUCUUCAUGCUACGUGAUCAUGAACUAUACACUGCUUUCUCUCACUGUAAAGAGAUUGGGGCCAUCGCACAAGUCCACGCUGAGAACGGGGAUCUGAUAGCUGAGGGGGCCAAAAAGAUGUUAUCUUUGGGUAUUACAGGCCCCGAGGGUCACGAGCUGUGCCGCCCUGAGGAGGUAGAAGCAGAGGCAACCCAGCGUGCCAUCACCAUUGCCCAUGCUGCAAACUGUCCGUUGUAUGUGGUGCAUGUCAUGAGCAAAUCCGCCGCUAAAGUGGUGGCCAAUGCUCGCAGAAAUGGGCGAGUGGUGUUCGGUGAGCCCAUAGCAGCUGGCCUUGGCAGGGAUGGCACUCAUUACUGGCACAAUGACUGGGCACAUGCUGCAGGAUUUGUUAUGGGACCCCCACUGAGGCCAGAUCCUAGUACACCUGGCUACCUGAUGGACCUGCUUGCCAAUGAUGAUCUGAAUGUAACUGGGACUGAUAACUGCACAUUCUCAGUGUGUCAGAAAGCACUGGGCAAGGACGACUUCACCAAAAUCCCCAAUGGGGUCAAUGGAGUAGAGGAUCGCAUGUCUGUCAUCUGGGAGAAUGGAGUGCACAGUGGCAAAAUGGAUGAAAAUCGAUUCGUGGCCGUGACCAGCAGCAACGCAGCCAAAAUCUUCAACCUUUAUCCGCAGAAGGGGAGGAUUGCCAAAGGCUCUGAUGCAGACCUGGUUAUUUGGGAUCCAAAUGCUAUCAGAGUGAUUUCAGCAAAGACUCACCACCAGGCAGUGGACUAUAACAUCUUUGAGGGCAUGAAGUGCCAUGGAGUUCCUUUAGUGACCAUAUCAGGAGGGAGAGUGGUGUAUGAAAAUGGUGUUUUAUUGACUGAGCCUGGAACUGGAAGGUUUAUUCCACGGAAGCCCUACGCUGACUUUGUGUACAAGAGAAUCAGGCAAAGAGAAGAGGUGGGGCAGCCCAGUCCAGUGGCCAGGAAGCCAUAUGGUGGAGAAGUCAUAUCUCUUGCAUAAAACUGUCUAAAAUAAACAGGCUAGAACACUGCUGUAUUAGAAAUAGAAAUAAGAAAUUAAAAUAGAAAUAAACAAUUUUAAAAAGCAAUAAUUAUAUAGUUGAUAUUAAGUACAAUGCAAUAAUAUUGUGACACCUGAUAGAAAAUACAUAUUGCUUCAGCUGGCAAGCUGGUGGACUGUGUCUCAAUCCGCAUAGAAAGUCCUUAAAGUAAGAGCCUUGGCAUUGGUCAGAAUCGAAUUUAGCGCACUGUUUAUGUGACACAUCAGCUCCCCUGUGCUCUAACCUGACCUAGCAAGGUUUAUACUGAUAUAUUCCCUCUUCCGCAGCCAUUUUAUUAUGUUUAAAUUCACAUACAUGCUUUUCCUUGCCAUCUCUCUGCACUUAAGCUACUCCUCCCAUGCCUAUGAAAACUUGAAGUGUAAAAUUUUAUAAUUUUGACUUUGAUUUUGUUUUUAGUGAUUACAAUCAUUGUAAAGCUGCUCUAUUUUGUGAAAUUAUGGCUUAAAAUAUAAUUGUGCAUGUCUAAAUAAACCUAUUUAACAGA